UCCCUUUUCGUACCUCCCAAGUUCUAAUGCAGCAACCCUUCACUGUCUCACUGGUUUCAUCUCCGUCGCAGGUUAUCACAUGGGCCAAGAUGAUGCAAAUCUUGAGGAGAGAUUGAAAUCUUUCCUUGUUCAACUCCAAACAGAGUCAGGUAUCCUCGAACGACUCAUCUACAAGGGCAAGAAUCAGCACCGACGAUGCCUAUAUUUCCAGUAUCUUUUGAAGGUCAGGAGGGAUAUAAGACUUUUGCAAUCAACUCAUUUGGGGGAUAUUUUGAAACACCUCUUUCAACUUAUCAAUGGAAAUAAACCUUCACAAGCCGUGCAUCUCCUAGAAAGUUUAAAGAGAAGAAAAGUUGACAAAGGAAAGCCCAAUUUUCUAGAGAGACUAUUGGGAGUUGCGCGUUUGUUAUCAGAGAUGGUUGAGCCCAUGGUGAAAGCUGCUAUAGAAAUAUCUGCUUUGCUUGCUAGAUCAUUUUUCAUGGGUUUUUCUCUCACAAUUUUGGCUUUGCUUGCACGCCUCAGAGUUUUGGCUCAGCAAGAUUUUCGUGCCACUCUUCAACAGAUGUUACUUGAUGUUGUCUCAGUGUUCAACUUGGUCUCAUCGGUGGCCCAGAAGAAACGCUCUGUAAAACUCAUUCAAGAAGGACUUGAGGUUUUCAGGGAAUACUAUCCUUCAAAUGAUGAAAUAGUCACCUUGGAGUGCAUUUGGAAGACAGAUAAAUUUGUAUUAGUUGAGAGAACCAACAAAAGUGAUUUCAAGAACCACGAUGGGAAUCUUGAACCAGACAGAGAUAUUUCUUUGGGUCCAUCAAUGAUAAAAUAUCAAAGCAUUGAAGCUUGGCUUGGAGAAGAUGAAGUUUGCGACAAAGACAAAGGUCAUACUUCUGAAGAACUGGAUCCCACUGAUGCUGGACCACAUAAAACUGAUGCAUCACCUGAUCCCAAUUUUAACAGCCAGAUGCAAGUUGAAGAUUUUGGGAAGGAGGGUGUUCAUUUGGCAAACCCGGAAUCGCCUAAUAAAAAUUUUGAUUUGAAUGGCGCCAUAGUUGCAAGUACAAGCCAAAAGCCAGAACCAAUAUCUCCAGAACUUCAAUCUGGAUCAAGCUUGAAGGUGGCAUUUGUAUCGGUAAGAAAAUCAGCACCACCACCAAUUAAUGAAGUGGGGAUUGUGGAGCCAACAACAAAUGUUCAGCUCCCAGCUGAUGACAAUGAAGAUCCACUUUUCAGUCUACUUGGUGCGAAGGUGAAGGAUAGUCUUUUCUGAACGAUUUGUUUGGUUCAGUAACACAACUCAACAGGCUGACUGUAUUAAUGCCAGCGUGGGAGUAUAGUGGUGCAUUGGUUGUUAAACAAGGAUUGCACUUGGCAAAGCGUUUUCAGUUUUUGCCUGGGCUGCGGUCUUUACAGUGCUAGAAAUUUAGAACAGUAGGAGAAGUUUGUAACUGAUUAAUUUUCAAUUCUUUUUUAUACAAUUCAUGAAAUUAGAUAUUUGAAAAGGUUAUUUUUAUUGAUA